ACUAUAAAUUAAUCCAAACUCGUCGAUGAGCUUUAUUUCCGAAACGGAAGCACAUAUCGCGCUAAUUGUCAUUAAACGCGUUUAUGUAAAUAUUUUUUUAUUCCUCAAUAAUUCAAACGAAUUCACAUCCCCUUUCGCAAGUAUUAUAAUUUUCAGACUGUAAAUUUGCACAAGUGCGAACGAGCUAAGGCCUUUUUAUGUCACGAUGUAAAAACAAAUUAAGUCUAACGAAUCGUGCGAUUGAUUUUGCCGAUGAUCAAAUUAAUAACGGCUCCGUUAAUUGAUCAAUUAAGAUUAGUGAGAGAAUUUUUACUGGGAUAAGAUUCGGAGGGAAAUUGCACUCGGGAGAGAUUCGGUGGGAAUCAAAGGAACGCGUCCUCAGUACGCACUCUCGCUGUUAUCGACCAUCAGAAGAGGAGGCCGAGCCGAGCUGGCUCGAGCAGAACCGAGCGAGACCGAAUUGCGGAUACAGAGAGGCGAGCCUCUCUGCGAGUCGUCCCUUCGUCGGCCCGGGAUCUGGAUCCUGUUGCUGAUCGGUAUUUCGGGUUACCGUCCGUUGCGAUCACGUAAGAACUCGCAUUCGCGGUCCACUCGCGUCUACGAAGUUGGGAAGACAAAUUCGUACGAUAUUCAAACGAGAGGAUCGGAAUUCCGCAGAUUUGGACUGUGUUUACAUCUCCCGAAGGAAUACCGAGAUCUGAUAUCCCUGCGUGACUCACUCGUGGGUGUAGAGAGGAGCAUCAAUUAAAUCUGGAGCUAAAACCUCCCGCACACCUCCUCGAAAAGGGAUCAGCGAUUGAUCGCGUUUUCGCGUCCUUCUUCGAUUUUGUGUGCUUCAUAUUUAACACAGCUCAUUAUUAAUAUUAAUAAAAUAUGACGGGCCACCCCCAAAGUGACUACACCGUGGUAUCCGUGCGUGAUUCAUGGCAAUCUACUCGCGACGCGGAGAGAUCUUCGUCGUCACGUCGCGUUCAAUAAUCAUCGACGUUUCGCAGGUGCAUUAAAUUCGUGCGUGGCCUCGCGAAUUCAAUUUGAUUUCAGUCCCAGAGCGGGGCAAGCGUCCAUUAUCUUUACACGACGAGUGCGUCAAGCUCCAUAUGACCGAAUAUUCUAUCAAAUCCCAGGGUGAUAUCUGACGUCCAACUUUGGGAUGGGAAUAGUCGCAACGACGAUUCAUCGAGUCGACUUUGGGAUCUCGCGAGUGCCGAGGAUCUAAUUGUGAUUUUGCGUCGUUAUCAUUUAAGACACGACGCGUCUUUGAUUAGGUUCUAAAGACAUGCAAAGAUAUUCGCGUUGCAAACAUUGAUGACAGAGUUCGUAGCUGUUGCACGGGAUGAGAGCAACAAUUUUGGUUUCACGAGGGGCAAUCACGCUCCGUGACGAUCCAUUGCGAAACAACUGGUUGAAUUUGGGCAGCUUCUAGUCGGCGGGGACCAUGGCGACUGUUUGGCUGGGCAGUUGCGUAAGCGCGAAAACGUGACCAACUAGCAGAUAAGAAAAAUUUUGAUUGUGGCGGCCGUUAACCGAUCGUGAAAUGAGAUCGAGCGAGGGAUCUGAUCGCGCGUGAGGAAGCAUCACACGAGUAAUCGCGAAGUGACAGGUGGCGAGGUGAUAAUUAUACCGAUGGGUUCCUUGCCAAAUCUUCACGAGCUGUCCAAGGACAAGCUGGGGAGCCCGGUGUACAAACCGGCGCCGAUCGGCGGUCUUGGUCCGGCACGAUUGCCGCCGCAGCCACCGCCGUUGGCGCAUACACAUAAACGUGCAAGAAGUAGCGGGCAUCAUCAUUCUACUCUGUGCGACAAUGAUACCAUGUUGGAGCACAUGGCGGCAUACUCGCCGAUCUCCUGCCGAUCGACGCGCACCUCGGCGCUAUCGUGGCGACGUCGAGACUCCAUGAACUCAUCGGCAGGUGCAUCGUCCGUGCGCCGGCUGAUCGCAGCGGUCCGUGCGGCCCCAUCCGGGCCCAGACCACCACGUAGAGUCGUGUUGCGCCACAUCGCGGCCCUUCUGCUUGGCCACGCGAGUUGUUCGGCCGCCACGCUGCCCAUCUUCCCGCUUCAGGCAGGUUUGGGCGCGUUCGAACCCCGUCUAGGUCCGGUGCUUCUCGCCUAUCUCUACAUGAUGGCAGCCGCCACCAGCUGUUUCGCACCCAUCGUCGUGCAACGGCUCGGCACGAAUCUCGCCAUCACCGCGAGUCAUGUGGUCACUGCUAUCUUCGUUGGCGUGCAUCUGUAUCCCAAAUGGUACAUACUCGCGCCCAGUUACGUGAUGCUAGGCUGCUGCGCCAGCUCGAGUUUCCUAGCGAGGACAUCGCACAUCAACGUUUCCGCGACCAGCCUGGCGCUGGUCUGCGUCGAUCCCGAGGAUCCCGCGGAUGAAACACGCCGCGAAUGCCUGCUGAGAAGACUCAACCGAGGAAUCAAGUUGGCUGAAGAUAUCGGCCUCGCAAUCGGUUGCCUCAUCGCUGCGAUUCUCGUCAGGCUAACGGAUCUGAUACCAUCUAGCAUAAUGAACACCGACGUUUGCGGGGCUGAGUACUGUUCAGAAGAGAUGUACUUUUACAACGAAUCGCUUUAUAUGCCGACGAUCACGUCUGGCACUUCGAGGAUCCUCGUCAGCAUCUGGCUAGGCUUGGCGGUGCUCGGUCUAGGCAUAUCUUGCGCGUUUCUCGAUUCUAGGCUGCAGGAACCUCAGACGAACCACGAUCGUGCCAGCGUCAAAGACAUCUUCAAAUCCGUUAAAUGCGCGUUUCAGGACCCGAAGCUUCAGCUCGCAGCGCCGCUCACGCUCUUCAUCGGGCUGGAACAGGGUUUCAUUUACGCCGAUUUUAUGGAGGCAUACGUGGUAUGCGCUUUAGGUGGCGCCGGUACGGUGACCUUAAGCUUCUUGAGCUUGGCUUUAUUACAAGCUCUGGCCGCUGCAACGCUUUCGAUGUUGCUGAGGCACAUUAAAAGGUACUUUGUCGUAGUCGUGGGUUUCGCUUUUCAUGCCUGCCUUCUACUUGUUCUGGUAACCUGGAGACCGACAGGAGAUGACCCGGCUCUCUUCCACGUUAUAUCAGCUGCCUGGGGAGUUUGUAAUUCCAUUUGGGAAACUCUGAUAUAUACGUUGGUGAUGGGUCUGUAUCCGAACGCGUGGCAAGGACCGCUGUCCACAUCGCUCUUCUGGCGUUGGCUCGGCUUGACUCUCGCGCUCAGUUUGCACGGCGCGGUGUGCACCCGUUAUCGCGUGCUAGGCCUUGCCGUGACCCUGGUGCUGGCAGUGGUGCCGUACUUAUGGUUGGAAAGCCGUCUCGCCCGCCGCGGGAAAACGCUGGCGCCCUUAUGACCAGGCGACUCGACCGCGAGCGAACGCGGGUCCACCAGUGUUGAGACGGCGACGACGACCGAAAUUAGACACCGGGGUGACUGAGAACGAGCCGUUCCAUCCAGCACCGCGGCCCGAGUAGUGAGAUCGUGGACCGGGAUACCGAGACGCGGUAGUCGCAGGAGUAGUGGCCUGACGACGCAGGAACCGCAGCAGCAGCAGCAGCAGCAGCAUCAGCAACAGCCGCAGUCGCAGCCACAGCAGCAGCAGCAACAGCAUCAUCAGACGCAGUCUAGCAGCGCGACAUUAAAGGUCAAGACGCGACGUAGGGCGAACAGCGUCGCGUUCGCCUGCCGCACCGAUUACGGCCUGCCCGAUGAUAGCGAUGAUAAUAAUAGUCCUCCGAAGAACCCGGUGUUGCUGAUCGCGGAACCAGAACGUCGCAGGAGCGCCAUUGAAACUGCGGAAGGAUCAAAGGAGCGCUCUUCGAUCUUCACGCUCUCGUGAGGAAGGCAUCCUCUCGCGAACGCGCUGCUUCCCAAGCGUCAUCGUGCCAUUCCGCGUGUAUGGUAGCUGCGAGUGCGAUUAUGUUCCAAUACAAUACGUACGCUUUGGAUAACGCGAGAGAGAGAGAGAGAGAGAGAGAGAGAGAGAGAGAGAGAGAGACUCUCUUCUUUCGAGCUUGCUCUUGCAACUGAAGAUUCAAAGUAGUCGCAGAGAGCGUGUAAUCCAGUAUAAUUGCACUGAUAGCGUGCAGCCUCGACGUGAUAUCUCGUAUAAGCGCAGAGCAUUGCGAGCUAUUGCAGUGUCCUAUUUAGCACUCGACUCUCGGGAGAGAGUUCUGUCUUUCCGUCUCUCUCGCUCUCUCGCGAAUUCGGAGCGAGGACAGCAACGAUCGAUGGUCGCUUUAAAGCUCUCUCCAGGCGCGUUCGAGCCGCGAUUAAUGAGGAUCGCUCUUUCGAAGUUGGAUGGAACGGCUAUGUAUACAGACUAUAUAUGCAUACACAUGUACGUACUUAAACAUAUACAUUUAUGUAUACACAUACAUAUACAUUUAUGUAUACGCUUUUCCGCUACGGUGCAAUCGAUGCACACGACUGAAGAGCGGGAAAACGGCACGCGAAUAUACGUACAUACACACGUACGUAAAUCUACGUAUAUCGUAUUCUAAUAUCGAGCGUACCGUUUUGUAUCACUCGAACGAAUCACCGUUUGACGUAACGAAACGUCGAGAUGUACCUGAUGUCUUUCAAACCAAGCUGCACAAGGUAUAGUCGCCCCGCGUGAGAGACUCCCAAUAUAUAUAUAUACAUAUAUAUAUAUAUAUAUAUGUAUACAUACACAUAUGUAUAUACAUAUACGUACCCAGCAUACACACACCUCCCUAUCUAUCGUAGAUGCUCUUGCGGGUGUAUCAAUUUUUUGAGUGAAAAACAAUUCCUGUCCUUUUAUAUACCGAUCAUAUUUGAAAUGACGAACGCGAUCGCCAAAGUGAUUCGCGAUUGGUGUCAAAAUCGACGCCUAAAAGCGAGUCUAUAAACGCCUUUAACGAUUUAAAUAUCAUGAUAAUUUGGGUAAAAUUUUUUAUGAUUGUAAUUCGUUGAGAUGAGAGUCGCGUGUGACGAUAAAAAGAUCUUCCUUCGAUUAGACUUACAUAGGAAACCUCUAUUAAUUUUCCAUAGAUAAAAAAUGACGAGGGUGCGGCCAUUCAUGAGGCGAAUCGCGAAAAUACGAUCGCCAAAAUAGUUAAGACAUUAGGGAUUUAGGACAUCUUCCUUGAUUGUAUUAGACGCAAUCGUGAUCAUCUCCCGGUUCGCAGACCGUCAGUUGACAUUUUUGUUACGAAUCUUAGAAACUAAGCAAACUGCGAAACUGUAAAUCGCGUAAAGUUUAAGGGAAAUUAAUAAGUGUUAUCUCGUUUAAUGUUACCAGUGUAGGCGAGUCGAAUGUUAAAUUAGAAUGAUAUUACGAUGGGGAUAACAUAUCACUGACAUACAUCAUCCGGCGGAAAUGGAGCCUGGUUUUCAUUUUCUUUCCA